AUGAGUGAUUUAAGAGAUUUUGAUAUCAAACUGUUACAUGAUAAUAUUUAAAGUUGUUUCUAAUAUUUAGAUAAAAAGAUAUAUAGAGCAAUGAAUGUAGCACCAAUCAGUAAUACAAUCAUUAUUGAAAAACCAAAUACAGCAAUGUAUAUUUUAAGAUGAUUUAAAGAGCUCAUGAAUAUAAAGAAUUGCAACAUCAUGUGAAAUAGCUUUAACUAAAAUAUGAUGAGGUUUGCUACAAGUAUAUGUCACUAUUGACAAAAUACCAAAACAUGAAUAUUACUUUAAAAUUGUAACAAGAAGAAAUAGAACACUAAUGUCAACUAAUAAAAGAAAUGAAAUUAAUGCACUUACAAUAGCCUGGAGUAAUUGAGAUACCAGUUUAUGAAUAUUUGAGAGAAUUUACAAAAAAUAAUCAUAGCUAAUUAAGUAAUUUUUUAUAAAUAUUGAUGCAUACAAAAAAGAUGGAUCUUUCUAUGAUUGAAUUGCUUUAAAAUAUAGAAAAAUAUUAUAGGCCUUAAAAUAAAUUACAAUUUUAAGAUAAAUAUGUUUAUCCAAAAGUACCUUUGAGAAAAAUAAGAGAAAGGAUAUUGAAAACUCUGCCUGAUUAGACAGUUUCAUAAAAUAUAAUACCUGAACGAUCUAUAUCAUUUUAAUGA